GCGAUAGUUUUCGACCGACGAGAGAAUUUGAAAGCUCGAAAAGAAGACGACGACGGAAAGUCUCGGAUUCUCGGAGAGUGACGUUAAAACGGAGUCGUCCAAUUGCGCGCUUGGAAAAUUAUCGAUUAUCGUCGUUGUGGAAAAUGGCAGAGGUGUGAUAACAUAUGGAGUGACACCGUCGUCGUGCUACAAUAUGAAAAGCUCCUUCCGCAAGCUUGUCAUUUUCAUAUCAUGUAGUGUUUGUGCUUUGGGCGACUUGGAAAUAUACCCGGGUAUUAACUUUGAGGACCAAAACAAAAACCUCGAUAUUUCCGAUGAUCCACUCCUUCCAAUUUACAAUUCGCGUCGAGCUCAAGCGGAGCUCGAGCUGGACCAGAAGUAUUUCGGGAUGCCAUUGGAGGCGUUUAGAAACCGACUAACCACCAAUUUAAAGGCGAUGCAAAAGGAGAUUAUCAGCAAGCAGAACGCAAUGAAAGCAAAAGCCCUAAACGCCUACAAACAUAUGUCGCUUCAGGAUAUUCCGUCGAAAUAUCACAAGUAUUCACCGCAUGAUUAUGGCAACGCGAAUUUACACAAUAUUCUCGGUGACGUAGCGAGACAGGACUCGGAUUUCACUUUUAGGGAUGAAGACACUGAUGAUUUUGAUGAUAAUUUCGUGAAUAAUUAUGGGGAUCAGAUGGCCAGGGAACCCGAAAACGAUAAUUAUGAAAGGAGUGGGGAAAGUUACGGCGGAGCUGAUUCAAAGUUUAGUUUUGUUACUGAAGAGAAACCGGUUAAAUUUGCAGUUGCUCCACCUGAUCCUAGGUUUUAUGCUGAAAAUCCACCGGAAGUUUUUGACUACAAUUCACCACAACAACACAAUCAACGUCAAACGACAGACACGGAAACUGAAGAGGAAGAAAAGGACGAGGAAGAAAACGAAAGAAAAGAUGAUAACCACAUUCCUUUCUUAGCAAAUUUUGGAAAAUCAGAUCGCAUAUCAGAAGUAGACGUAGAUGAGGAACAUGCAAACGAGGAUGAUAGUGCCGUGAAGAUUGUUGCUGUUAGACCGAAUGUAUCGGAUACGGAUACUGCUGGUGUUUAUAUUAUCGCCGUUGUUGCUGGAAUUAGUGCUGCUGCUACUGUUGGAUUGAUUGCGUUUGGCAUCGGGUGGUACAAGUAAGUAAAAAAUAGACUAAUUACUUUUAAAACCG